UGGGGAAACCCCGCCGCGACGCUUUCGCUUCAAGAGAAGUCGAAGAGACGUCCAUCGCACAUUAGUACGCUACAAGCACCCGACGCGGUUCUUUAUUUAAAAAAAAUUGAAUCAAGCGUCGCGACGCCUUACAUCAGUGACGUCAUCCGCGUGUGUAAAAAAAUUAAUCGAUUAAAAUGAGUUUUUUUACGGGGAUGUAUGACGGUAAUAUGCGACUCCUAUGCGUGUUAUUUGCGGUUUGUUGUAAUUUAAGUUGGCAUGGUGUUGGCGCCCAACAGGAGGAUCUCGACGAUGUGAUGAAAAAGGAUAUGGAUAUCAACCAGUUUUACGCAUAUUUGGAAGUCUGUAACGUUUGUAAUUUUACAUUGGAAUUCGAACCGUUGACGAUAUUUGCUCCACUGAAUGCUGCGUUCCAGAAUUUAAAAAACUACAACAUAACGGACACGGAUUCGUUGGUUCAGUACCAUCUGACUAACGUGCCGAUAAAACUGGAGCAACUCGGAGUUUCUUACACAUCGAUAAACACGAGACUGCCUGGAUCCCUUCCGAUCUGGAUAACGCUCACGAAAAACGCGUUUAACAAUGCGUUUUAUGUAAAUAAUGCGAAAAUAUACACGGAGGGUUCUAAUGUGGUGAGAACGAAACAUCCUACGAAGGCGGGACCGGUCAUAACCCAGAUCCUGCAUAAGAUUGACGGUGUCUUGAUCCCAACAAGGCCAUCCAGCGCAUCCAGCUUGACCUUUAACCCCAACGCUUGGGACUUUUUGGCCAAUUACGACGAGUCUUUCGUUAUGGGGAAUCACAGGCUCAGGAUAUUUACUGAAAAAAUCAAACAGUACCGCAAAGAAGACAUUUUCAGGACGGAUGGCGGACACACCUUCUUUAUUCCCGUAGAUGAUGGUUUUAUGCACAACAACAAAGCUUUACUGGACGACUACAUUAUUGACGCUCACGUGAUUCCCAGGGAAGUUCUUUUUACCACCCCAGCGAAGAAAGAUUUUCCCUUUCAAACGUUGGCUAACCGAGAUAAUUCCAUUCGGGUUGUUACCUCUUUUACCCAAGAGUUACGUGGGAAUACCAUAAUUGAUUACGUGAAAUCCCACACCCUUUACGGAGACGACAAACAUCCCCAAGGGGUGGUUUUGGCCAAGAUCGUUGAGGCAAACAUUCCGGUGAAAAAUGGCGUAAUUCAUCUGAUUCAUAAACCAUUAGUAGUGGUUGACAGCACCGUAAUGCAGAUUUUAUCAGAACAUAUGGACUAUAUUUGCAACGUAGGGAACAUCCAGUGUAUGGAAAACAUUUGGAAAGUGCCGCCCACCCCGACGUUUAACCAUUUACGGCCGAAUACGUAUAUUUACGAUAAUCGUAUCCCGUUGAACGAAGAUAAGGAUGUGGGCGUCUUGAACAACUUCUUCAAUGAGAUCAACAGUUUGGGCCCAGAAGGGAACAGUUUGGUCAAGGCUAUCGAAAAAUCCCAAGAGCUGACUCUUUUUGUGCCCUGCAACACCGCCCUCGAAAGUUACGUGGUCAAUAACAUGAAAAAGGACAAACUGAAGUUCUUGGAGGUCCUGAAGAUGCACGUGGUGCUCGACCAGAAACUGUUUGUGGAAAGUGCCAAGGAGAAGAAUAAUAUGCAAGUUUACCAAGUACCAACUAUGGCCAAAGGCAGAAACCUCUACUUCAACGUCUUAUCCAACCGUACCAACACCACGAUGAUCGUCGAGGGUGGAGGUGUAACUGCAACAGUAAUCCAGCCCGAUCUGGCGGCUAAAAACGGAAUCAUCCACGUAAUCAACAGAGUGUUAGGCAUCCCUUAUGCAAACGUACUUGAAAAACUCCAAACUGAUCCAAUGUUAAGUGCAAGCUACAAAAUGGGGCAAUACCACGACUUUAAUAAGCUACUAAACGAGACAAAUACACUUAAGAAAUUCACCUAUUUUGUCCCGAGUAAUAAGGCUUGGGAGGAUGCCAGGCUCAUGAUGCCUUCCACUAUUAAGAAACUUUUUAUGGAGGAGUUCGCUUACUUUGGUGCGACUACUCUACAACAGCACCUGGUGGUGUCCGAUCAGGUUUACACGAUGGAGAGGAUCAAGCAGAUGCAACACGAAAUAAAAAUGAACCAGUCGAACCGGUUUCCUGAUGGUAAGGAACCGGAAGUGCCUUUGCCAGCGCUACGGGGUUCUUUGAAGAUUUCUGUGGAGGAAAAAUUGGAUAAUAAAUCCAAUAACUCCCAAACCGAUCGAAUAACUUACAUAAUCCAAUGGAGGGACCUUAAGGUCAGGGUACAUCGCCCCAACGUAGAGUGUACCAACGGAAUCAUCCACGUAAUCGAUUUCCCAUUUUUGCAAGACGGCGACAUCAGAGUUUCCGGUUCUUUUAGUGUUCAACCCACCGUUUUGUCAAUUUUUGGGUUUUUUUUAGUCAAAUUUAUUUUACAUUAAGUUCAUAUAUAACUUACCACAUUCAGUAAACUAACUACAAAAAUCUCUUCGAUUAAAUAAGAACUUCAAGAAAAACCCAUAAUAAUAACUUCAGUUAACACACACACACACACACACAAUAAAAGUGAGAGCUCCUGUGACAAUUUUAAAAAUAAACAUGUGGUAAGAUUAUUUCAUUUUGGCUUUAUAUCAUUAAAAGGAUCAACUGCUUUAAUAGUUUUAGUGCAUUAGACCUAAAAUUUAAAAUAAUGUUUUUUAUAGAUGUUUCAAACGUUAAUUAGCAAAAAAGACGCGAAUUAGCGCGAUUAAAUUAAACCUAUAUAAAAUGUUCACCUUAAAACUCAUUCUUAAUAUGAUGCUAUAUUUUUUAAAUAAAUAAAUUAAUAUUUACAUACUGACACAGUAUUUACAAUAAAUAAAUUAAUAUAUAUAUAACAAUUUAACAUUUGCCUUUGAAACUUCUAAAAGGACUGAUUCUGAUUUUAUAAAAUUAACAAAACAAAAAAUCUAUAUUAGAUGAUAAUUUAUCGGUAGGUAGCGUAAAGUGAAACUCGCUAAAAAAAUUAUACAUUCCUAUAUUCCUGCACUAUUUUUUAAAUGUAAAUUUAUCGAUAACUGCCGAGAGCUUUUAUGUAAGGCAGUCGUUUUGUGUGAGUACAUAUAUAUUUUUAAUUAAUUAUAAUUUGUAAAUAAGUUACUCUUAAUUAAAAAAGUCUUAAAAUUAAGUUGUAAGGUCGAUGAUAUUAUGCUUCAUUGUUGGCUUGUAAUACCAUUAUUAUGGUAGUAAGGGUGAAUUAUUGAUAGUCGUCAAACCAUUUGCCAAACAUCCAGGGUGUCUUUAAAGUUGAGGCAAUUAUUUAAGCAACUUAUUUAAAUAUUUCAUACGUGGGAUUUGUUAAUAAUAGACUGUCAGUUGAACGUUGUAAUUGACUAUCGGGAAUAAUUAGUAUAAACCACGUAUUCAGUGUAAGAAAGAAUAUACAAUUAUUUCCGCCAUAUACAAGUUAAAACUACAGAAUGAAGAUAUUAUCUCAAGAAACGUUACUCUUUACAAUAGUAUAUAGAGUUUCAUAAAUAUACAGAAAUUAACAGAUUGCUUAUUUGUUUAAACGACGACUCUACUAAAAUGAGGACGAAGAACAAUAAUUACGAUUUAAAAAAAAUUAGGGGACACAAGUUUUCUAUAUCAGACGACAGCCAAAUUAUUUAUAAAUUUAAAAACAACAACUAUGGCCAAUUAUUUUAUCUGAGGGAGUUAAAAAUCCAAACGGAAAUAUGACAAAAUUUUCAAUGUUUCAAUUUAAUCACUUACAGCAGCAAUAUCAAUAACCCAAUAUAGAAUUCGAGACUUUUGUAGUCAUUGAACUUACAAUCAAACUAAACCUGUACCAAGAUAUGGACGGUAAUACACUAGUGCUAACUUUAACCGGUUUCAAAAGCUGAGUAGUUCAAUCGACUGGAAAAUUAAGCCUAAUGUGUCCGAUCCACUAUCAGUAUUUUAUGAUAAAGUGGUCCAUCUACUUAAUGUAACUUUUCCAGUCAUUAAAUUAAAAUCUAAAAUUGCUCUACGUAUUCAUAGUUUAGGAAAGAGUUCGAGAUCUCUUAAAAAAAUCUACUCUCACUUCAUAUGAAAAUUCUCUUUGGUUUUCUCAAUACUUUAGCUCAUACCCCUCUCUACAUCGCCGUCUAAUUAUGCUGUCUAAACGAUCAUAUUAAUCUAAUCAAAUAAAUAAUUCGUCAAAUAAACAGAGUAAGCUCUAGAAAAUAGUUAUGCUAUGCGAAAAAAUAAUUAUCAUUCAGAAUUUAUACCUAAAAUAUCCCCCCGAUAAACUAGAUGCAUUAUUUUGUAAAAUAGCCCAAGAUCUUUAAAACGAUUUCAGACUUCUACUAGAUUUAACGAGUUAUAUUUGUCGAUCAAUAAUUAAGUUUUCAUUCCUCCAACUAACCUAGAUGAGUUAAAACAACUUUACAACUCAUUAAAAACAACAAUUUAACAACAAGAACUUUACAAUUCUUCUUGAGACGAUGGCUUAUCAGUACUAAUAUUGUUUUAUUAACAUAAUGAAGGCCUGUCCCAGUAGAAUUUACCAAUUCAUCGUGAACAGUAAUUGUAUUUUUAAAUUGUUUAAAAUUAAUCAUUAAGUAAUUCCUAUCCAUAAGGGUGGAAACUCUAAGGAGCCUAUCAAAUUUAUACUUAUCUGCCUAUUGUCUACUUUAUUCAAAUUAUUGGACAAAAUGAUCAAUUCUCGCUUGGUGACUUUUCUAAGAUUAAACAAUUUCCUUAAUCUUAAUCUUUCUUAUCCCCAUUUUGUUCUUCAAGACAAACUAAGUAGAGACGAUGCCAGAGAUUAGAUUAACAGUGGUGGUAUUUCUGCAGCAGUCUUUUAUAAUUUAUCAAAGGCUUUUGAUGCUAUAAUCCAUAAGAUUCUAUUGCGAAAACUUGAAAUGUAUGGCUUAAGGGGCAUAGCCUUGUCUUGGCAAAUCUUUUACUUAAAAUAUCAUAACCAGUGCGUUUACGUCGGUUCUUCACGUACUGAAUAUAGUUCAAUAACUGAAAAAUAUAUAUUCUAUGUGUACUACAGUUUGGGUUUCAGCUGGAUAGGAGAGAGGCAAUGGUCGACACCCAAGUACUUUACCCAGAAUUUUUACUAUCAGAGAAAUGAUGUAUUGUUAUAUAACGGAUGUAUGAUCCAUAGAUUACGAAAAAGCAUUAAAUCGCGUACAAUACUACAAAUUAAUGCAACUCGUCAAAAAGCUUGACAUAGAUCAGAAAGACAUUCGAUGUAUUGAAAACUUAUAUUGAAUAUAAGUUUUCAAUAGACAAUAACGUGUUCAACAGCAUAUACAUUAAGAGAGGGUAUCGACGGGCAUGUAUUCUAGCUUAAUUUAAAUUCAGAAGCAAUUUUUGAAAAAGCUUUAAAAGAAGUGAAGAUCAGUAUAAAGAUUAAUGAAAUGAGGAUUAACUAUGUACGUUAUUCUGAUGACGCAAUCUUGAUUGCGAACAAUAUACACGACCUACAACAACUGAUCAAUGUGGUAGAAAAGAAUAAAUAAAAGGACAAAAUUCGUGAUUAUCUCCAAGAAUCUGAAUGCGUUUGAAAACUCCAGCAGAACUUUUAACGCAAUGUUCAUACAAAAAGUGAAGAAGUUUAAGUGUCUCGGCAUUUGGUUAUUCGAAGAUUGGGCAUCGGAUAAUAAAGUAAAAUAUCGCAUUUAAUAAGCUUGGCAUAAUAUACAUGGCCUCAUCAUCAUCAUCAUCAACAAUCGUCAUUCGCGUCCACUGUUGAACCUUCCACAGUCUUUUCCACCAUGUUCUGUUUUAUGUGGCGUUCAUUCAGUUUGUUUGAACCCUCUUGAUGUUAUGGGACUACCUGAUAGUGGGGCAACCUUUGCUGCAAUAUGCUUGAAGUCAUGGUCUCCUUAUCAAUUGAUGGUCAGAGAUAUGACCAGGCCAGUUCUAGUUUAAAGUUGCUAUGCGCUCUACAGCACCGGCCUACUGUUCUCGACUCUGUCGUUGAGCGAAAUGCCCAACUUUGAUCUCUCUAUCUUUCUCUGCACAAUGCUUUUUUUAUUUACGAUUUUCUUUGUCAGUGUUAACGUUUCAGCUCCAUCGCUGAGUACAGGCAGCAUGUAUUCCAAAGACUGCCCAAGGUCCAGGCCUAGUCGUCUGGAGAUUUCGCAUCUGUGAUUAUUUCUUCCCAUACGCAAUUCAUGUCCCAAGUAUUUGUAGGAGGUAAUAUGUUCAAUAUUAUAUUCAUCUAAUUUUAUGUUUUCGCUCAUAAGAAGAUUUGUCAUAUACUGAGUUUUUGCCUGAUUGAUGAUGUCGUCGGCAAAUCUAAGGUGUUUUAUUCGUUAGCCGACUAUGUUUAAUUUCCAUUUCGUUAAAUUCCAGUUCUUGAAACAUAUAUUCUAGAAGGUUUGGUGUCGAAGAAAUUGGGUACUUUCAUGGAAUCUGACACACGUUUUUGCUAACGUAUAGCAAAAUGUUUUUAAUGACUGUUGUUUUUAAUGUAUUUGGUGCCCUUGUUAUGGCUUGCAGUAUUUUUCUUUGAUUUUUACUGUUAAAUGCCUUUUCAUAGUCGAUAAAUAUUAGAACAAGGUCUUUACGACUGUCUGCUCUUUUGGCUGGUAGACGUCGAGUUUGUUUGUUAUUCUUUUUGUGAAAAUCCUCCGUAAACAGACAUUUAUAGACAUGUGUGAGGAGGCUAAUUGAGCAAUAACUUUUUAGAUCGAUGAUGUGCGCUUUUUUAGUUACCCAACUUUUUUUAGUUAAACAUCAAAGAAGUAUGCGAUAUAGGCGCAUGAUCCAGUGUUUUCGAUCACAGAGUAGUGGUUUAUCUGUGCAAUUAGAUAUCAAGUAAUAUGGUGUUGACAAGGUAAAAAUUUUUAGGCCGCUUACACAGAAAGAUUUUACUGACUUUUAUAAAUAGAUUUGUGAAAAGGACUGGAGCAGUCUUAGACACCCAAAUAUAUCAAUAUAUCCCCGAAUAUUCAAAUUAUAGAGAAAAGUAAUCAGAAUUUUAUUUAAUAAUGGUUACAAUGUAUCUGAAAACUUGGCUUACUUAUCUUGCCAGGUCUAUACAUUUUGUUGUGUCUUAAAUACAUAAAGGGUAAUCUGAAGAAAUACACUAAUCAAGAGAAUAGUCAUAAUUAUUUUACCCGCAAUAAUGGGGAUAUGAAGUUAAGUUUUCUCAGGUUUUCUCAUAACUGAUAUAGUGUCAACUAUGAAGCUCCAGUUUUUUUCAAUAAAAUACUCAGAAAUAUUCCAAUGAUUGAGUUUAAAAGAUUUGUCCAAGUAAUUAAAUAUGGCGAUGCAAGAGAGCAAUCUAUAAAAAUGGAGGAUUUUUUGAAUAGAUCUGUGAUUAUUCAAGCUAAGCAUGUGGCAUUAUAAGGUGGUGCUGGAAUAGCCAUACGAUGAUACAUAACUGUGACAUUCUUCACUUUGUUUAAUACUGGAAAUGAAAAUUUUACUUGUAUAACAAAUGAACUUUAUAUUAACAUGCAAUAAACGAAUCUAAAAUUUGAAUUUAUGGAAGAUAAUUAUUAGGGGUCUAUCCCACUGACAGAGUCUUAUUCCUUUUAUCAGACAGGUGUUGAACAAUUAAUAAAUAAUUUUAUGCAAGGCGGUUCCACCAUUUUUUGUAUGUAUUUAUCAUGGAUUCGAUCGUGACCCGUCACCUCUUAAAGAAUUGUUAUUUUUCAUAUCCCAAAGUGCUCCUGCAAACUCGUCCAAAGUAAUUUCUGGAAUGUUCUCUGAGCCUGGACUUGGAAUCCUUGGAGUGUCUAUAUUAUGUUUCCUCAUACCUUUGUCGCUAUAUAGUUCGGCGUAAAAAGUUUCAGCUAUUUUUAGGAUUUUCUUUUUGUUGGUUGGUUUUUUUUUCAAUUUUGAUUUUACUACUAGCUUAUAUUUUUCCUAUCGUCUAAGCAAUCUUGUUUUGUUUUUAUAAUUUUUGUACAUUUAUGAAAUACUAAGUAUUAUUAAAAAGAAUCCUAUUUCUUAAGUAUAUAUCAUCAUUUUGGAAUGUUAAUUUUAUUAAUUUUAACUUGUACCCUUUUUUGUAGACAUAUCCCUGAUUAACGAAAACAAAGAAAAAACACAGACACGGUCUCACAACGUAUAAUAAAUGCCUACACGUAUUUCGCUCUAUCUAAAGUGUCAUCAGACCUAAAAUCUAUUAGUCUAAAUUAUUAGUCUAAAUAAAGUUAAAGUUUCGGUCGUAGCAGAUAUAAACAUAUUGUGUUUUAUGCUAAAUACGUGGUAUUUUUUAUGUUGAAUUUCUCUCCUUGUAAACCUCAUAGCGUAAAUAAAGAUAGAAAAGUAGUUUGGUGUCAAAGUUCAAGUAAUCAAACUGUGAAAAAACCGUCAUGCGAAGAAAAGAAUUUUGUGCUAAGGCGUGGAAUAAAUAUGCCAAUAUUUUAUCAAAUUUUGAAUUUCGGUGUGAUGAAAAUUGGGUCUAAAGAUGGAAUAAUAUCAAGAGAAUCAUUACUUGCUUAACAAAAAAAAAUUAAAUUAUUAGGUGCUCUGUAUUUUUUUUAGUCUCAGUGAACAAAAUAUUGAGGUAAUAUUUUCUAAAUAAAUAGUUUUUUUACAUAUUAUUAAUAAUAUUUAUUUAUCAAUGCUUAUGAAACCCAGUAUAAAAUCAAAUUAAAAUAAAAUACUUAUCUAGAUUAAAUUAACCUAACCUACACUAAAGGAACAAAACAAUACAGUUAUAUCAAAUAUUAUCAUAAUCAAUAACUAGUAUAGCAAUGUAAUUUAAUAUGAGAUCAUUUGAUAGCACAUUCUCUCUUAAAAGCUUCAAGAGAUUCAUGUCGACUAGUAAAGCUGUCUAGCUGAUCUGAGUACUGGUUUGUAUGUUUACUUUCCCAAGUAAAAGAGUAUUUAUGUCCAUAAUCAUGUUUGGUGGGUUUGUGUGGAAGAAAGUAUGUAAUCCAAGAAGACUGGGACAAGAGAGCUUCAAGGACAAGAAAGUUUCAGAUCAAACUCAAAUUUAUAGUAAAAUAUAGAAAGUAGAAUGUUUCUCCUAAAAGCAAUUUAGUUUAGCAACUUGAAAUGAAUGUGCUCAAUCAAUCAGUAUAGUGAGGGCAUCAUAAACGUUAUUCAUAUUCUAGGUGAAGACGAACUAAGGAACAGUAGAUAGGCCUAAUGAAAUGAACAUAUUUAAGGCUUUUUACAUCUUCUUAUGAAACGCAGCAUUCGUAGGGACUUUUAAAUAAUAUGAGAAGAAAAACUGAGUUUGGAAUCCAACAUAAUUCCCAGGUCCCUUAUAACAGUCAUUUAUAGAAUAGACAUUACAAUGAUUUGUAGCACGACUAAAAAUGAUCGAGUUGUAUUUUUUAAAUAUUUAAGUCCAUAUAAUUUUUAACACGCCGACCUACAAGUCUGUCCAGAUCCAGUUGUAACAAAAUAGAAGUAUAAGAGAACUUUAAAUCAUCUGCAAAUAAAAGUUAUGUAAAAUCAACUGCGUAAAAAUCAAGUACCAAUACCAUUGAUAGAGGUCGUUCUAGGUGGGAUCCUUGAGGAACUGAGAGUACCUUAAAUUCAGCAGAUUGAAAAUUAAACCGUCUGACAAUCUGGCUUCAAUCUGUUCUUCUUAGCUAAUUGUACAGUGAAUUAGAGAUGUCCUAGCAAUUUAAUUUGUUUCAAGAUUAUUCCUUAGGUUGAAUGCUUUUACAAAGUCAGUGUAUACAGCAUAUAACUGACUAGCAUCUUCAAAUGACUAGAUAUAAAAAUUAACGAAGUGAGGACAUUUAACUCAGUGGAUUUGCCUGAUAUAAAGCCAAACUGUCUAUUAUUUAUCAUAGAACCAAGACCAGAUACUAAAUAAUUAUGUAUCAAUUUCUCGAAAAGUUUGUGAAUUUGCUUGUAACUUGCUUGUUUUCUCCAGAUAACAAAAUGGGUGUAAUAGAGCCAUAAGGUUAAUAAGGAUGAUAAGUUAAACAAAUAAAUUAAUAACAUAGAGGCAAUUUAUCACAAUCAGGACCUUUCGUUGUAUACAAUAUACUCAGCCUAGAUAUAUUUUAGAUAUUGAAAUGAUAUAGGGAGAUAUAUCGAUAUUUUCCAUGGUAAUAGAAUCAUUAUGGUGUGAUGCUGAUGUGCUAUACAUCUUUGAGAAAUAAUUUGCAAAAAGAUUGACAAUAAUCAUUGCCAGUUGAAAACUUAACAUUCUCAUAAAAGACCCCAAUAGAGACGACGUCCUAAGUGAUCUCAUAUUAAUGUCAAUUUGUUUAAAUAUUAAAUUUUAAACUUUUCUGAAUCUGUACGAGCUAAUUUUUUAAAAAUAGUGUGAAUCUUCAAUCGAUUCACUUCCUUUUUUUGAGAAAUUUUGAGUUUUUCUUCUUAGACGACCUAGACUUGGUUUGUGGAACUAAGAGGGAGAAUCAGGGCCAAAACUCAUUGAAAAAUCCAAUGAUAUUAAUUUUCGUUAAUAGUAUUUUAUAAGAUAUUCUAAUUAAAUACCUUAAGUAUGUAUUCCUGCUACAUUAUACCUCAACCUCAAAGUCACCUAUAGAUAACAUUUGGCUACUGUAAAACCAAUGUCUAUAUAUUUCAACUGAAACAAAACAAGUUUAAAUAUAUAGACUUUCGUAAAACAUUAUCAUUUUUAAUACAUAUACAGGAUGUACGAAUAAAUAAAUCAAAUUUAUCAGUUUUUCUAUCCUGUAUUCACCCACAGGGAGCUUAAAAAUGUAUAUUAUAUUUUGCCUAGUUUAUUUUUAAUUUGUAAAUAAAAGUGUGACUGAUUAUUAACGUUUACAUGUUCACCCCCUAGCGUUAAAUUAAAUUUAAGAGUAUAUUAUAUGGCUUUUUCCCUUAAAAUGUGUAAAUGUUCUUGGGCACGGAUACAAGAAUAAGAUUAUUCAUUGAAUUGUGUCAAUAAUCAAAAAGAAAAAAAAACAGUAUAUUGCCUUAACGAAUUAACGAAUAAAUCAUUCUGUGCUCCAUAAAUA